AUGCUGGAAUCAAGCAAGUCUAGCGAGGUGGCUUACUUCAAUCUCGGCACUCACCAUCGGUCAGUGACCACUGGUUCAAAGGAAGCUCAGCUGUGGUUCAACCGCGGGCUGAUAUGGUCAUAUUCCUUCAACCAUGGUGAGGCGGAGCGAUGCUUUGAAAGAGCUGCGGAAUGUGAUCCCAGUUGCGCAAUGGCACUGUGGGGUAUUGCGUAUGCGGCUGGGCCAAAUUACAAUAAGGCGUGGAGAUACUUUGCCCCAGAGGAUCUUCGGUCGUCUGUCAAAAGAGCGAAUGACGCCUUAGCCCGUGCUGCCAAGCUGUCGGACCAGGCGAGCCCUGUUGAACGAGCGUUGAUUGAGGCAAUCACCGCUCGCUUCCCGCCUACGGACAAAAUCCCUGACGAUCUGAGUUAUUUGGAUCGCGCAUAUGCGGAUGCAAUGCGCCCUGUAUACGAGAAAUUCGGCGAUGACCCAGAUGUCGCCGCAUUAUUUGCCGACGCGCUCAUGUGCAUCACCCCUCGGGGACUCUGGGAUUUAGAUACUGGGAAACCUACUGGUGAUCACACAGUCGAGGCUCGAAGGGCGAUUGAGUUGGCGCUAAAGCGUCCUGACGGUUAUAAUCACCCUGCUCUAUGCCACCUCCAUAUCCACAUGUUGGAGAUGUCACCAUUCCCGGAGUUAGCACUCCCUGCCGCCGAUCGAUUACGUGGCCUGGUUCCAGACGGUUCUCAUAUGCUGCACAUGCCAACACACAUUGAUGUCGCAGUUGGCGACUAUCGCCGCUCAGUCGACUCUAACCACGAAGCGAUUGUCGCGGACGACAAAUAUUUCGCUCGGGAGGAUGCUUCAAUCCAGUACACAGCGUAUAGGGUGCACUAUAUCUGCGCAAAACUGUAUGCUGCCAUGAUGUCCGGCCGCUUUACAGACGCCAUGUCCGCUGCGGAGAAGCUCGAGCAAAGUUUCUUGGGGAGUAAAGCGCAUGUGCUCGUGCGCUUUGGGCGCUGGGAGGAGAUCCUUCGUCUUCAGCUACCUAGCGACCGCAGCGUUCAUUGCGUCACGACAGCGAGCAUUCUCUAUGCGCGCGGACUUGCCCUUAGUGCGCUGGGCCAUAUCCCAGAAGCUGAGGCUGUUCAGAAAGAGUUUGAAGCAGCACGCGCAGCCGUGCCAACCUCUCGCCUCAACAGCAUACCGUGCAAGGAGGUUGACGUCCUUGGAGUUGCCUCAGCUAUGCUCGCUGGAGAGCUAGAAUAUCGCAAGGGAAAUUAUGAUACUGCCUUUUCCACUCUCCGGCGAGCUAUCGAGCUUGAGGACGCACUUCCAUAUUCCGAUCCGCCGCCAUGGAUGCAGCCUGUUCGCCAUGCACUCGGCGGCUUGCUUCUCGAGCAAAACCGAGUCGGCGAAGCAGAAGUGGUGUUCAGGGAGGACCUUGGCAUGGCUAGGGACUUUCCUCGGCGCAGAGCAAAACUUAAUAACGUGUGGGGACUGCACGGACUGUAUGAAUGUUUUACUCGCUCGGGCAAGAUCGAAGAGGCUCUUUUUAUCCAAGCAUCUCGUGAUAUUGCACUAGCCUCUGCCGAUGUCCCCGUUACGACUUCGUGCUACUGUCGCAGAUCUGCAGUGGAAGAGACCAGAUGUUGUUCAUAA